CUUGCUUAAUUAAUAGGUAUACAACUCCAAAUUCAUUCUUUCCGAAAAAAAGUUGUAAGAGAAAAAUGGGGUUUUCUAGAGCUAUCAUUUUUCUCUUUGUUUUAGUUGUUGCUCAACAUGGAGCAAAGGGUGAAAUACCCAGAAAAACAAUGCAUAUGAUUAAUGUAGCAAAUAUGAAGGGCCCUUAUAUAGGUGUUGUAAUACCCAACUUAUUUGAGUUGAACCCCCUUCUUCAAUCUCCAAGCUAUAAAUCCUCCAACUUUAACAUUGAUUUUUCAGGUAGAAGAUUUCGUUUUGGGACCAUAGCUAACAAGAAAGUGAUAUUGGUCAUGACCGGACUUGGCAUGGUAAAUGCAGGUGUCACUACACAAUUGCUUCUGAAUUUAUUUAGGGUCUCGGGAGUUGUACAUUAUGGAAUAGCUGGCAAUGCAGAUCCUUCCCUCCAUAUUGGAGAUGUUGCCAUUCCUCAAUAUUGGGCCCACCUUGGUCUUCUUAAUUGGCAGAGAAAUGGACAUGGACCAAAUGAAGAACUAGCUCUUGAAGCAGCAGGAGAUUAUUCAAGGAAAUAUGGCAACUUAAGAUUUGCUGAUUACACCACAAAUAUCAAACAUAACAAAAAAGUUGACAAUCAAUUGAACAGAUUCUGGUAUCAAGCAGAAGAAGUUUUCCCAGUAGAUGGAACUCCUGAAGAGAGACAACAUGUUUUCUGGAUUCCAGUUGAUGCUCAUUACUUUAAACUUGCCAAGAAACUUCAGAACAUAAAGUUGGAGCAAUGUGUGAAUGCAACCACAUGCUUACCUACAAGACCCAAGAUGAGUACAGUGCUAAGAGGAGCAAGUGCAAGCAUAUAUGUAGACAAUGCAGCUUAUAGAAGCUCUAUAUAUGACAAGUUUAAGCUAAGCCCUGUUGAAAUGGAAAGUGCUGGAGUAGCCCUCAUAUGCCACCAACAAAGGGUUCCUCACAUCACCCUUCGGGCGCUCUCUGACUUAGCCGGCGGCGGUUCGGCCGAAUCUAACGAAGCCGACACCUUCUUACCGGUUGCUGCCAAAAAUUCCGUCAUUGCCGUUGUUGAAUUCAUUAAGCUUUUACAUUAACUUCGUUAACUUUAGGUUAGCAUUUCCGACUUUGUAUGAGUGUGUGGUUACUUAUUAUUGUUUUUUUAUUCUGCGAAAUGGACGCACCAGAAUUGAUGUGCGGCACAUGCUGAAGAUUUUUGAGAUAAGUUUUGCUGUUUUAUGCGUUUCAGUUGAAUCCAUUUUACACGUGCAAUGAAUCAACAUCUCUUUUA